AUGAUUGGUGGAUCAGAAGAUCAGAAGAUUGUAUGUAAUAUAUAUAUAAUUUUAGAAAAAAAUUGUUUCAGCUCAUAUCCGAAUAGCCCUGUAUCAAAAGCUUGUUCAACGUUUGACUCUCUUACGGCAUCUUCCACUUCACCGCUUAUGCAGUUAUCAUCACCAAUAGCAGAUACAAUAGCAACAGCAGCUGCAGUGAAUGGAACUACACCUCAGUCACAACAACAGCAGUGGCGACCAGUUUUGCAAAAUGGUGCAUACCAUCAACAACAGGUAGUAUAUACGCAAGAACAGCUUCAACAACAGAUGCCUAUGAUUGGUCAGGUAAAUGCAAUGAAAAGGAAAGCAAAUCCUAGAGUGUCAACAGCUAUGCAUGAAUAUCCAAACAAAAUGAUGCCUACCCAGUUCAUCUCUUUUCAGCAUUCUACUUCAUAUCAACAGUCAACCUGUUCGCCACAGUUUGUCGCACCUUCUUCUUCAGUGAUGCCACCCUCGCCUAUUUCUCAAUAUAAUGGGUAUGAUGGUGGUCCUGUGGGGCAGUGGUUGAAGCAAACACCACAACCACAGUCACAAUCGCAAUUUACACGUAUGGAAUUGAGGCACUCAGUGCAGGCGCGACGAAGUAUUCCCUCGCCUAAUCAAGCUUCAAUUGUAAUGUCUCCGACUGAUCUCGCUGUACCUCGCUUUUGCGGUAACAUAGCACGCUCUCCGUUGACGUCAAUGCCACAAAUCUCAAAACAUUCCUUUCCCCAACAACAGCAAAUGUCUCAGCAACAGCUGCACCAUCAAGAACAACAACGACAGCAAUCUUCAUCACAACCACCACCUUCGCUUUCAUUAUCAUCGAUGCCAACUGCAAACACUCCUGAGAAUGUUUCAUUUAACCCGCAUUUUCCCAACCAGGCAUUUAAUUAUUCUUCUGCUGUCUCCUUCGAUGAUUUCGACAUGUACCCUCCUUAUGAACUGUUCGAUUUCAAACUGGUCAAAGGCAGCCGGUGGAACAUCACGCAAACUAAAUUAAUCAAUUUGCAGUUUGAUAUUGAAAACGAAGCGACAGUGCAAGUUGUAAAGCAACUGUUGAGUUGA